GUCUUUUUCCUUUGUCGAGUUUUUCCAACAAUUAUUAUUGCGCAUAACAUAAUUUCCAGUUGCAAGUAAUAAUUUGUGAGACUCCCUGCGAACUUGUUGAGUUUAGAUAAAAUAAUCUAAAUGACGAUAAGGUCAACACUGACGUUGAUGACUGUGAAAAUAUUAACAACGAGCUUUUGGUGUCUGGCGAUAUUCUGUACUCGAUUUAUCUUUUGUCACGUCAUUAAUUCACGAGAUGAAAUUUCUUCUUUUAGCUAUAUAGUCAAGAAUCGAUAUGGAUUUCUUAAAACAAACAUCAUGUUUUAGUACGUGCCAGUUUAUUCGUUUCACUCUCAGCAGUAGCAAGUGUCGCCAAAUCUAAAAGCAUUCGUAUUCUUUUAAAAAAACAAAUAAUCCAAUUUUGAAAAAAAAUCCAAGUUUUAAAAAUCACUCAAAAAGAUUUUGUUUGGAGAUUUAAAAAAAAAUUGGUUUUAUACGAAUCGAAUGAGGUUUCGAAAAAAAAGUAAAUCUCAUUAUCUGUGCAAAGUUAUCAAAGUAACUGAUAAACUGAAUUUUUCAAUUGAAUUUAAAAACCACAAAACUUUGGGAACAUAUACAAAAAGACAAUUUGAAGAAUUGCUUUUUGAACAUUGUCUUGAUUGUAAAAUGUCGUCAAUACCACAGGGAGUUUUUGCCACUCGUAAAGUGCGUCAAAAUAAUAAAUUGAUUUUAAAUUCAAAAACUGAAAACAAAGAAGACGGAAGAAAUUAUUUCUAUUCUAAAUGUAUUCAAGAAGGAAUGGAGCUGACACCACUUCAAUAUAACAGUAAAUUGAUGAAUAGUAUCUGGGGUUUAUAUAAUCGUUAUUCAAAGCACAAUUUCAAGAAAAUUAUUGCAGCUAAUGAAGAAGUUGUUACGGCGGCUUGUGGGGUGGUUUUUCCCAAUAACCCCCCCACUUCGGUCUUGGUUAAUAAAGCCGCCGUAAAAAAUUCCUGAAUUUCUUUUUUUUUGUUCGGGAAAAAAAUAUGUAGUAGAAAAUCAAAACAAAAAAAGAAUUUUGUACAAGACCGAAAUUUUAAAAAUAAAUGUUUUGAAUUAGACAA